GUUGCUGGGUAAGUGGAACAAAAACAACAGCGUUCGAGACAGAGUUUGUAGUAGCUUGCGUUUGGAAGACGGCUGGCAAUUUCACAGUGAAGUACUUAUUAAAACAGCUAAUAAAGGUGCCUGUGGGAUUUUUGUUGUUACUGCGAAGAACUCUUUCCACUGUAAAACAUGGCAACUGACUGCGAGGCUUGGCUGAACGCAAACCCUGUUGGGGCUGACGACCUCAGCGACUUGGUGAAUUCUGGAGAGGAGGACAAUGGAGUCAAUGCUGUCUUCAUUAGAAACGUCAGUAGCGAGAUCAACGGUAACUGGUUGUCCACAUCCAGCAACGCCAUCCACGAGGCACGUCUCAAGGCGAAGGCGAAGCGGAAGCUGAGAAAGAACUCUUCCCGGGACUCAGGCAGGGGGGACUCCCUCAGUGACAAUGGGGAUGUGAAUAGGGGAACCUCUGCAGUGCCUACAAGUCCCAAGAGCAAGCUGAUGGACCGAAAGUCACGGAUGGGAAAGGGCAGAGGCCUGCCCAAGAAAGGUGGGGCAGGAGGAAAAGGUGUGUGGGGCAAAACUGGUGAAGUUUACGAACCAGUAGAUGUGGAUGAGAAAGACCCCAACUACGAUGACGCGCAGGAAAACUGUGUGUAUGAGGCUGUGGUGCCCCCGCUGGAUGAGAGGGACUUCGAGAAGACAGUCACACCCAUCGUUCAAGAGUACUUCGAACAUGGAGACACCAAUGAAGUAGCUGAGCUGCUUGCAGAAAUGAACUUGGGGCCCAUGCGGAGCGAGGUGCCCUCGCUUGCUGUGUCUCUGGCCCUGGAGGCCAAGGCCAGCCAUCGCGAGCUCACCUCCAGGUUGCUGGUUGACCUGUGUGGGACUGUUCUGUCCCGCGGCGACAUGGAGUCCUCUUUUGACAAACUGCUCAGAGAUCUGCCCGAUUUGGUCCUGGACACACCAGGGGCUCCCCAGCUGGUUGGCCAGUUCAUUGCACGCGCUGUUAGCGACCAGAUAUUGUCCAAGAGCUACAUUGACGGCUACAAAGGGAAAGUUGAUUGUGAAUAUGCAAGGGCGGCACUAGACCGAGCAGCCGUGCUGCUGAAGAUGAGUAUGGGUGGGCUUCGCGUAGACAACCACUGGGGGACAGGUGGAGGUCAGAAACCUGUCACACAACUCAUUAAAGAGAUGAACCUGCUGCUGAAGGAAUACAUCCUGUCUGGAGACAGCAAGGAAGCUGAGAGAUGCCUUCAGGAUCUGGAGGUUCCCCAUUUUCACCACGAGUUUGUCUACGAGGCAAUUGUGAUGGUUUUGGAGUCCAAAGGGGAAAAAAAGCUCAAACUGGUUCUACAGCUACUCAAAUCGCUCUCCAUGUCUUCAGUCAUCACUGUGGACCAAAUGAAAAGGGGCUAUGAAAGGGUUUACAUGGACAUUGGUGAAAUAAAGAUCGAUGUCCCCCGUGCAUACUUUAUCCUGGAGCAAUUUGUGGACAAGAGUUUUAGCAAGGGAAUCAUUGGUGUCAAGUUGAGAGAUCGGUGUCCCUGUCGGAGCCGGAAGAGGUUUGUCAGCGAGGGAGAUGCUGAAAACGUCAGACUUGAACGGUACUGAGGCAGCCUUGUUGUGCGACAGAAUUCCUGCAAAGAAGAGGAUGAAAUGAUCUUUUUACUUGCAUAUUUUUUAAUAGCCGAGUAAAGUUUUCUCCCUUCUAUGAGUAAAAUUCUGGAAUUUGAGGUGGGGUAAAAAAAAAAACAAAAAAAACUGCACUUUUCAUUUCCACUGAAGUAAAUCACUUUCCUCGAAGUGUUUCUACACAAAUAUUUACAUAAGCUAUCCCUUAAAGUGCCACACCUCACAG